CUGGAGAGACUGCGGCUGGUGUCAACCUGGAGAGACUGCAGCUGGUGUCAACCUGGAGAGACUGCGGCUGGUGUCAACCUGGAGAGACUGCAGCUGGUGUCAACCUGGAGAGACUGCGGCUGGUGUCAACCUACACUGCGCUUCUGUGAGAAAAACUUCCCCUCAAUCCUUCAGUUGCUGCCCUUGCAACAUUGCAUAACUCCUGAUGACACACUGAAGUGUGAAAGUACUUGAGCUGAAGAUUUCCACCCCCAUGGCUUGUCUUGCAUAGUUACAUAAAUUAUGAUACAUAGCAGCAUAUGUAUGUGUAGAUUACCUAGGAUAAUCCUAGACAGUCAGACAAAGUUAUUUAUUUCCACUGUGGUCCUUGAAUUUUUUGUUUGUGUAGUAUACAAUGUAGUUUACAUAUAUUAAAAUAUUGUUAAGCACGAAGAAAGUCACUAGCAUGCAUGUGCAUUUUAAUUAAGAUUAUUUAGGUAUAGGUACACAGAAAUACAGUUACACAAAUUAUCGUACUACUUAAGCAAGUUUAUUUUAGGUACAAUUAUUUAUUUAUUUAUUUAUUUAUUUAUAAUUUGAGCACACUUACAGAGGUACAAAAAAAAUACAGAUGAGAGCAGCAUGCCAAAGCCACUUAUACUAUGCAUAGCAUUACGGGCUGGCUUAAAAUUAACUUAAGAUUAACUAAGCAAUGAUGAAAUCAGUGAAAAACAUUAAUGUAAACUGAUUACUAUAAAGCACAAAUAAAGGAAAAUGUGUGCCAUGUAUGAAGCGUGCAACAUUGUUCUUCAUAAGUGGACUGAGGCACUUGGUACACUUGGAUUCUCAAAAAAUGCUCAAACCACUGCCCUACAGUUGUGGGUGAUGUAUCUCCAGCGUUUGGGAGUGGCAUUCAUACCAAAAAUGACCUUUUUCAAGAACUCUGAAAAAUCUGACAUUGACAAGAGCAGUGUAGAGUCAUCUGAGAGUGAGACGUCUUCUUCAUCUCCAUCAUCAGUUGAAUCCUUACAUUGGACUAAUGAAAAUAUAAAGAAGAAGAUGCCAACACUGUUCACCUUAAAUGUGGGAGAAAGAGAGUCAUUUUUUGCGAGAUCUCAGGAACUUAGUCAAAGUAAACAAGAGCUUUAUACUUUUUUGGAGAGCGGUCGGAAGUCAUCUAGACUAGAGGGCAAAGAAUAUGUAAAGAUUUCUCUAGCUUCAUCAACUGAGGAUAUUUCAUGUUCUAAUGGAUCUGAUAAGGAGUACAUGCCAGCUAUAAAGAGAAGACGUAAACGAUUUUUCUGGAAAGCAAGAAAGCAUAAGAAAAACAAGACACACAACAUUAAGAUGGACAAGUCAUCCAGUGAAGACUUGACUGAUAUGUUUAGUGACUGGAAUAAGGAUAAAUUGUUUUUGCAAGGAUUGAAAGAGAGUGAUGAGAAAUCAUGGAGUAGCGAAAGCAGUGAUGACAACCAUAGAACUGGGAUAGACAAUAAUGUUGAGAAUGAUGGAACAUCACAUGAAUCAUUUAAUAAAGAGCAGCAUUCAUUGUCCAAAGAUGGAUUUAGUGAUGAGAAAAAUUUAAUUGGAAAUGACAUUGGAUAUGAAAAUAAGGAAGCUAGGAAAGAAAUCCUUAUGAAAUGGAAGAGAGAGAUAUGUAAUAAGGAAAAAAUAUCAAAAAAGAAAUGCGUAAGAGAAACUAAUAAAUUGAAGAUGCGUCGAAAAGUUUUUGAAAUGAAAAAAUCAAGAUUGAGGGAGUAUCAAAAAAAAAACGAGCUAAGUAAUCCUUUACGUUUCCAAUCAUUUCCUUGUAUGCUAAAAGUUUUGCUUAGUCUACUUUACCUUGCUGUUCUGCUGUCAGGAGAACAUAUUCUACUGAUGGACCUAUUAAGAUGGUGUCAUGAAGGCCAUAUUCCCUACUUGUCAGCGCCUUGCUUGGUGGAAUUGGCAAUGAAAAGUCGGUCAGCUACCAUUCUCCAGCUGAAAAAAUCAAGCAUCCCAGAUUCAAGAUGUGUAAGAAGAAUUGCAGGUGAACUAAGUUUGUUUCUCUGUUUGCACUCGAUUCCUCUUCCUUGUGUGAAAAAUGUGAUUGCACAUUUGGUAAAGCUGCUUAGAUUACCUGAACAAGUUACUGCCAUGUCACAGGAGCUAGUUACCUUGAAAGAAAAGACAUAUGAAAAAACUGAGUUGAUGCUUGAGGUUCCAUGUGUGGAGUCUCUAGCUAUGGCAUCUGUGGUGGUGACGCUGAAGAUGUGUUGUGGAAUCAAUGACCUGGUUGAACACCAGCUCUCAGCAGUAACCUCAAAGAUUAACUCAGCACUAGGUUCAUCACACACUGUGGAUUUGCUCUUUUCUUGGGAUGACUGGAAAAGAUAUAUCACAAAGUUAUUGUGGUUUUGUAAUCAAGUUUAUCCUCUCCAUGGCAUGAUGAGCUCUGCAUCCAAGGCUGUGGGUAACAAGCAAGUGGCAAUUUUCUCAAGGCUUUCCCAAAUUCUCUCCUUUUGUAGAUGUGCACCUGCUGUACACAUGAAAGAUUUGAAAGAUUACACACAUAUUUCAAGUAUGUUGGACGACCAUGGUCAUUCUUUAAGGAAACUGUUUGAUCAACACAAAGUAUAUAGAGGAACAGCUGAUCCAUUCUUAGGUAUUAUUGAGCAGUAUGUAACAACAUGGAGUGAAAAUGACCCACAAUCACCAGAGCUAUUGAAAAUUGGCCAAGACCUCAUGCAGAUGUCCUUUGCAUCACAUCAGCUGUUCUGGACUCAAAAUAUUACUCACAUUCAGAGAUGUCUGAAGAAAUGUGGCUCCAAGAUUGUUUUGAAUCCUGUGAAAUUUCCCAAUAUAAAACAGUUCAAAGAUGCCACACCACUUAACAGGAUUUGGAAUUAUAAAAAAAUAAGAUCAGAAAAGGUUUUGAAGCAGCCAGACACUUACUUGAACAUAAUGAAGGUAGCACGAUGUUUAUGGAUAAUUCAAGUGAUUCAACAGUUUUUGAUGAUAACAGUAAUAAGAGAGAUACUGUGUACUGUUCAACAGGAGCUUAAGUGAUUCAUCAGUUUCUCUUAACAAUGGAAAUAACAAGAAAAAAAUAGUUUACAGCUUAACAGAGAGAUCAAGGAUUUCACAACUGAAGUUAAAAAUAACAAUACCAAUUUUGUUGCAGAAGAAAGCCCAAGUUGUUCACUCUCAGCAAUUGGUGCAAGUGACCUAGUUGAUAAGAUUUACACUUCAAAUGACAGCUCGAGUGAUUCAGAAGAUUACCAGGACAGAGUUGAUAAGAUUUUCAGGAAUGAAUAUCAUCCCUCAAGUAAUAUUUUGUUAGUACCAAUGCCACUAUAUAGAUUUUGGAAGUCAAAUUUAGCAAAAGAAAAAUGGAAAUACUUUUGGGAAAAUUUACCCAUUAAUUUCCAGUGGCUAAUAACUGUUGGAAGUACAUUGUGUUUAAUAUCAAAGGAGGAACUUAUAAAAGAUGUGAAUCUCCUUGAGAAAACCUUGGUAUUACAUUGCUCAAGAUGAAGGCAUGAUAUGGAUAUUGUUUUUUAUUUUGUUUUGUAAAUUAAUGGAGACUGAUUAUUGUACAUUGUACAAUUCAUAAUAAAAAAAACAGAUGGAUUAUCCAAGUACAAUAAUAAUUUUUUUUUCUUUGGGAAUCUUCUCAUGAAGCCCAUUACUAGCAAAUGUUUAUUAGUAAGUUCGCUGAAAUACUUGUAGGUAAUAAAUUGCUUGGAAAUGGUCAUCCUACAAGGAAUUCUGUACAGAAAUAGAAGUCUGUUUCAGGAUGACAGAUUUCAACACCUUGUAUGAGUUUCUUCCUGCUUGAUGGAAUAAGAAAGGGAAACAGUAGCAUUUAUUCCCAAUGUGUAACUGUCAUAAAGAAUAUGGUAGCAGCACACUUGUGAUACAGUAUAUGCAAUUUUAUAUAAUAAAAAAAAAAACUUGAGGAGAUUGUAAUAAAUCUUAGUGGGGGGAAAACAGAAACCUUUAGGAACUUAAUCACUAGAAUCAAGGAAUACAAAUAUGCUUGACAUUACAUACACAAUACAUAUUGUAACACCUGUAACCACCUACAAGAUUAGUUAUAAACAAAGUAUGUAGUCUGAUGUGGCAGACUGUGCUUAAAAUUAGUUUUAAUCACCGCUGCCAACACCAUUUUACCAUCUCUGAUAUUUUAGCAAAUCUGAUCCUACCUAAAACAGACACAGACUUCACUUCCCUGCAGUAGACCUUGCUGAACACACACUUCACCUCAUGGACCAUUCCUCAGUCACUGUAUAACCUCAUAUUUUACUUGUCUCUAUAUGAAGUGGCAGAUGUCUUUUAAUAAAAUACCAUAACCUACA